AUGAAUUUGAAAAUACUUUUAUUUCUCUUUUGUUCUAAAGUUUUAUUGCUAUAUUCAAUAACAGAUGCUUGUGGUAUCAAUGAAUGGAGAUGUGAAACAGGCGGUCGUUGUAUACCAUUAUCAUGGCGUUGUAAUCGAAUUAAUGAUUGUACUGAUGCGUCUGAUGAACGAAAUUGUACUUAUCCACGAUGUUCGGAUUCACAAUUCGACUGUGGUGAUAGAUGUAUACCUCGUUCAUGGGUAUGUGAUGGUGAUAAUGAUUGUGGAAAUAAUACUGAUGAACAGAAUUGUCCUCCAAGAAGAUGUUUAAGUACACAAUUUCAAUGUAAUGAUUCCCGAUGUAUAGAUGCAUCCAUGAAAUGUAAUCAUGUAAAAGAUUGUAAUGAUGGUAGUGAUGAAGGAGCAUUUUGCAAUUAUCGUCAAUGUGAUCCUGCAACUGAAUAUCAAUGUGAUGUACAACGAUGUUUACCAUUAACACAAAAAUGUGAUGGUUAUUAUAACUGUGAUGAUCGAACUGAUGAACUGAAUUGCAAUAGUACAGCAUGUUCAACAUAUCAAUUUCGAUGUAUAUCCGAUGGUAGAUGUAUACCAAGUUAUCAACGUUGUGAUUUUCGUUCACAAUGUUUUGAUGGAUCCGAUGAAGCAAAUUGCACACGACCUAACUGUACAUCAAAUCAAUUUCGAUGUGCUAAUGGAAGAUGUAUUCCAUCAUCAUGGGUUUGUGAUCGUGAUGAUGAUUGUCUUGAUCGUAGUGAUGAAAUGCAUUGUAGCGCAAGACAAUGUCCACCACAUAUGUAUCCAUGUAAUGUAACUGGUCAAUGUAUUGAUAUAACUAAAGUAUGUAAUGGUCAACAAGAUUGUAUUGAUGGUACAGAUGAAAGUUCACAAUGUGGUACUCAAUUUUGUGGUUUGUUCUCAUGUGAACAUGCAUGUCGACCAACACCAGAUGGUCGUGGUAAAUGUUAUUGUCCACUUGGAUUUCAAAUUAAUCCAGUUGAUAAUCGUUCUUGUAUUGAUGUUAAUGAAUGUGAAAUUUGGGAUGAAUGUGAUCAAGAUUGUCAAAAUACAAUUGGAUCAUAUGUUUGUACUUGUCGAGCAAAUUAUACACUUGAAGUUGGCAAUCGAUGUAAACAUAUAAAGAGUGAUGAUAUGAAAAUGUUUGUCGCUAUAGCAAAUAAAAUCUAUGAAAUUGAUCGACUUCGCAAUGCACGAAUAAUAUAUACUGGUCCAGAAAAUAUGACCAUUUAUGCUAUUGAUUAUCAUUAUCGAAAUCAAUCACUUUAUUUUACUGAUCCAUAUGCACAUAAAAUUUUUUCAUUAUCAUUAUCAUCUCCAACGUCAUCGGUAAGACUUGUUCUUGAAAAAAAUAUUCGUAUGCCAAUAUCAAUUGCUGUUGAUUGGAUAACAAAUAAAAUAUAUAUUGUUGAAUAUGAAUUAGCACGUAUUGAUAUGUUGUCAUUAGAUGAAAAAAUGAUGAAAACAAAUAUAAUUAUUAAUAAUCUUUAUCAACCAGUAGCUAUAGCUAUUGAUCCAAUAGCUGAAUAUUUAUUUGUUGCUGAUGAAGGUAAUUGGCAUCGAAUACCCGCAAGAAUUAAUCGAUGUCUUCUUGAUGGUACAUUAUGUAUAACAUUAAUUGAUCAAAAAUUAGAACAACCAAGUGACUUAACGGUUGAUUUUAUUAAGCAAAGAGUUUAUUGGGUUGAUCGAUCUUAUGAUCAUGUUGAAAGUUGUGAUUAUCAUGGAUCAAGAAGAGUAACGAUAACAUCCGGUAGUCAAAAUAUUCCAUUUACAGUUGGAAUUGAUUUAUUUGAAAAUAAUCUUUAUUUAACGGAUGAUGUGAAAGGUGCUGUAUUACAACUUCGACGUCAUUUUAAUUCAAAUACAAGUUAUUUUUAUAAACCUGAAUCAUUUAUUCGACCACAAGGAAUAGCUGUUUAUCAUGAAACACGACAACCAAGUAGAAUAAAUCCAUGUAAUGGAACAUAUAAUGGUGGUUGUGAACAUUUAUGUUUACUUGGACGAGGUUAUUUAUUAGCAAAUAGUUAUCAAUGUCGAUGUCAAUCAGGUUUUAGAUUAAAAUCAGAUUUAAAAUCAUGUGAACCGGUGAAAGAUUUUAUACUUCUAACACGAUUAACUUCUAUUCGUGGAAUUGAUUUUAUUCGAGAUUCAAAUAUUGAAGCUCGACCACCAAUUGUACCUGAUCGACGAACGGCUAUAUCAGAUUCUGUAUUUGAUUAUGAAGAAAAAACUGUUUAUUUUUAUGCUCAAAGAAGUCAAAUGAUUUAUUCAUCGAAAAUGGAUGGUGAAAAACCAACACCAGUUACAACAUCAAAAAUAUUUCCAGUAGUUAGUGCUUUAGCAUAUGAUUGGUAUUCAAAAUUACUUUAUAUGACAUCAAUAAGCGAAAGUCAACUUCUUGUUGUUCGAAUAAAUGGUAGAGAUUUUCCACAACGUACUCUUAUUAAUGGAACAACUGGAUGGAAAUGUGAUGGUCAAAAUGAUUGUGGUGAUAACGCUGAUGAACUUGAUUGUCCACCAAUAAGUUGUGGUGCUGGACAAUUUUUAUGUUCACGUGAUCGUACUUGUAUAAAUGCAACUCGACGGUGUGAUGGUAUUGCAGAUUGUCAAUCGAUGGAAGAUGAACGAAAUUGUGCGGGUUCACCACCAUCAUUUUGUCGGGCAGAUCAAUUCCGUUGUGGAUCAACUUGUAUACCAAAUGCUUGGCGUUGUGAUGGUCAUCGAGAUUGUGCUGACGGAUCUGAUGAACCGCCAAGUUGUGGUGCACGAAAUUGUACAUCAAAUGAAUUUCGUUGUGUAUCAACAGGUGAUUGUAUCCCGAAAGGAUGGAUGUGUGAUCAUGAAGUAAAGAGUUUCUUUGUUUUUGAAAACUUUGAAAAAUAUUUCAACUUUAUUAAGGAUGAUUGUGAUGAUGGUUCGGAUGAAAAUGCAGAACUAUGUCGUAAGAAUUAUUUAGACUUUCCUUUUUUUGUCAAUGAAAAUGUUAACUUUUGA